AUGGCCCUCUUGAAUUUCUCGGACUGGUCGCCCGGCGGAUUAGGGCUCGUGGCCCUCGUUGUCUGGGCCUGCUACUUCUUCAUAUCGUCGUUCGCCUCCUGGUAUCGUCUCCGGCACAUCCCGGGACCGCCUCUAGCGGCCUUCUCGUACCUGUGGAUUGCGAGGGUUGCGAAGAGCGGCAAGCAGUUCUGGGUGUACCGGGACAUGUACAAGAAGUACGGCCCCCUAAUCAGAGUCGGACCCAACGAGCUCUCCACGGACGACCCCGAAGUCAUCAAAAAGAUAGCCGGCGCUCGAAGUACCUACGCGAGAGACCCCUGGUAUGUGGCCGCGCGAUUCGACCCGUACCACGACAAUGUCUUCACCAUGCUUGAGGCGGGGACGCACGACCGGUUCAAGGCGAAGAUUGCUGGGGCGUACGGCGGCCGGGAGACGCCGGCGCUGGAACCCGGGAUCAACGACCAGAUCCGCGCGCUCCAGGCUCUCAUCCGGCGCAAGUACCUCUCCGACGAGGCGACCGGCCAGUACCACCCGGUCGAGUUUGCCGAGCUCGUCUCCUACUACACCGUCGACGUGAUCACGCGAUCCGCCUUCGGCGAGGAGUUUGGCUGCCUCAACACUGACACCGACGUCCAUGGCUUCCUCGCCGCGGUCAAGGAGAGCUGGGCUAGCCUCGCCAUGGCCCUCGACGUGCCCUACAUCCGGAACAUAUUCUUUUCUCCGGUCUUCCUCAAGUUCUUCGGCCCGCGGCCAACGGAUUCCGGCGGCAUGGGCAAGCUCAUGGGGAUCGCCAAGGAUGUCGUGGACAAGCGCUUCGCUACGGGCGCCAAAGAGAGGACAGACAUGCUCGCAUCCUUCAUCAACCACGGGCUCGACCGGCAGGAAUGCGAGACGGAGGCGCUCUUCAUGAUCAUUGCCGGGUUCGAGAACACGGCUUCGGUCAUCCGCACCACGUUCCUAUACCUCAUGACCUGCCCGCGCGUGUACCGCAAGUUCAAGGAGGUGAUCCGCGACACCCUCCGCGAGGGCAACGUCUCCAGUCCCAUCCUCCAGGAGGAGGCCAAGAAGAUCUCCUACCUACAGGCCGUCUUGUACGAAGGCAUGCGCAUGCGGCCGCCAGCGCCGGGCCUGUACCCGAAGGCGGUGCCGCCCGAGGGCGACGUGAUCCACGGCAAGUUCAUCCCGGGCGGUACGGCGAUCGGGUCGAACCCGUCGGCCAUCAUGCGCAACACGGCGCUGUUCGGGCCCGACGCCGACAUGUUCCGGCCCGAGCGCUUCGAGGAGGCCAGCGCCGAAGCCCGCGCCGAGAUGGAGCGCAACGUCGAGCUCAUCUUCGGCUACGGCCGCUGGAUGUGCGCCGGCAAGCCCGUCGCCUUCAUGGAGGUCAACAAGAUCUUCUUCGAGUUGAUGCGCGAGUUCGACUUCCAGCUCGUCAACCCCAUGAAGCCGUGGGACUCGCUGAGCUACAGCCAGUUCAUCGAGGACAACAUGUGGGUGCGGAUAUCCAAAACAGCCGAGUACUGA